UCAGUCAUCUUCUAUACUGUGUACGUGGUGUAAUUCAUUUUAGUAUUAUUACUCUAUGGUGUAAUUAUAACGUAUUAUUGUUACUUGAUCAUAACUUAACAAAAAAAAAAGAAAACAGCUUAUAUUAUAGUAGUGACUAAAAGUGAGAGUUGAGAAACCGUCUUUCAACUACUUCUAUUUUAAUGUUUUUAUUUUAAAUAAUCUAUGAAAAAAAAUCUUUAAGUCUAAACACUCAAUACCCAUAGUAAUAUUAUAAAACUGUAUUAUCAUUACAACAAUAAAUUGUUAUUAUUCUAUUUUAUUUUUUAAAAAAAAAGAAGUAUGAUGUUAAAUUAAAUAAUAACAAUAAAAAAAAAAAAUAGUACUUACAUAGCUUGUAGAAAUUGAGGUACUUUUUCUAAGUAUGAUGGCUGGUCUAUUUGUUAGAGUUGUUUUGGCAAUCUUUUGACUGCCCGUUGAAGAUGUUUGGUAAACUGCUGGCUGGCUGUUGUUUUGGCGAAGAAGACUGUUCUGCUGCUGGCUGCUCUUGGAACUGCUGUUGCUUGAACUGAUGACGAUAAGCUAAGAAAUUCUGGGUUUUAUACCCGAAAAUAACCCUCUCUUCUCUCAUUAGAAUUUUUUGUGAUGGAUUUAAACAUUUCAACUUAUUUUACAUCCUGUUUUAAUAUUAUAAUGGCAUUGACAUUAAGUAAAUGUGAAAACAUUUGACUGAGCAGGUUAUAUUAGCAGCAAUUUAGAUUCAUAUAAUAUAAUUGGUUUUUGAGAAUGAAUGUAUACAUUCUAAGCAUUGACAUUUAGUAAAUGUGAAAACAUUUGGCUGGACAGGUUAUGUUAGCAACAAUUAAAAUUCAUAUAAUGUAAUUGGUUUUUGAGAAUGAAUGUAUACAUUCUAAUUUAUUUUAAAUCCUGUUUGUAAUAAUUUAAAUUCAUGUAAUGUAAUUUGCUGUUGUAUAUGAACAUGUUUCAGCACCCAUCUAAGGUAAGGUUAUUGUAGAAAUUUAUUCAAGGAGGGUAUUGACCAUGGUAAAAGGUGAAUGUCAUAAACAUUUGGCUGGGAUAGGUUAUGUUAGCGUCAAUUUAAAGUCAUGUAAUGUGAUUUUGCUGUUGUACCUGUAUGUUCAUGUUUUAGCAGGUUUCUAUAAUGUAAGGCUAUGACCAUUUGUAUACUUAAUUAUUGAAGUAGUGGUAAAAAUCUGUGUAUAAAAGACAGAGGGAAUUCUCUAAUAUUCACCAGUCUUCAAGAUUUCAUCCCAGGACAAGAAGCUCAGUUCAACAGAAAUACUACCAAAAUAAAAUGUCGUACCGUACAAUUGCUUCAACUGAUUCAGAGAAUGAACAUUUUAGCGAAUCAAUUGAUAUAAGACCGUCUUUUUCAAAAACAAAACCUGGAUUAAAACGUUCUGCAGAAAAAACAAGUGUUAAAAAACCUAUGAAAAAGAAGCAGAAUAAAAUGAAUGCAUCAUACAGAGAUAAUAUCAGCGAACGCUUGAGAUCAGAAGAUUUUGAUGUUGAAGUAUUUAAUUCGCUAACAUUCAGACAAGGAGAUGGCGUUGUGACAAUAAAGACGCCUUUUGAAGAAAAAGGAAAGGAUCUUUGGGUGCUAAGUCAUUAUAAGGUUACUAACAUCGAGAAUGUACCAGUAAAGGACAGAUGGAAGUUCAGUGAAGCUACUGUUAGAUUGUACACGACCGACGAAUCAAAAGAUCAAACACUUCAUACUGGUCUUAAUGAGACAAUGCAAAUUAUAUUUGAUAAAUUACUAACCGAUCCAAAGCGUCAAACUAUUAAAAGCAAGACGGUUGUUUGAUUAUUAUACGGAAAAAUGAGUUUCAUUUAAUAAAACAAAAUAUUAUUAUA